CGUUUCCGGCUGAGCCCGCUCCUCUUGCUUAGAGCUGUUGUUCUGACUGCAGUCUAGCAGAAGCGGUUCAGACCCUGAGGUCUAUGGCUGUCGCGGGGUCUGUGAAGAUGGCCCUGCAGGUAGCCGAGGUGCUGGAGGCUAUUGUGAGCCGUUGCGUGGGGCCCGAAGGGCGGCAAGUUUUAUGUACGAAGCCCACCGGCGAGGUGCUGCUCAGCCGGGAUGGAGGCCGCGUCCUGGAGGCGCUACACUUAGACCAUCCCAUAGCGAGGAUAAUAGUGGCGUGUGUUUCCAGUCAUCUCAGAAAAACAGGAGAUGGUGCUAAAACAUUUAUUAUCUUUCUUUGCCAUUUACUCAGAGGACUUCUUGCAAUCACAGAAAAAGAAAAGGAUUCUUUGACUUUGGAAAAUAUUCAAACCUUUGAAAGACGUUGGAAAAAUUGUUGUCAGUGGAAAUGUAUUUCCCAAGCUCUAGUAACGUUUCAGACACAAAUAUUAGACUAUAUUAUAGAUGAGUACUUAAGUAGACACUUUUUAUCCAUCUUCUCUUCAUCUGCUAAAGAGAGAACAUUGUGUAGGAGCUCCUUAGAGUUACUCUUAGAAGCAUACUUUUGCGGAAGAGUGGGAAGAAAUAAUCGCAAACUUAUUUCACAAUUGAUGUGUGACUACUUUUUCAAGUGUAUGACUUCUGAAAGUGGGAUGGAAGUGUUUGAGUUAGUGGAUAACUGUUUUGUAGAGUUGAAUGUCAGUGUCACUGGCCUUCCUGUGUCAGAUUCUAGGAUCAUAGAUGGUCUUGUGCUUCACAGAGAUUUUUCUGUUUACUGUCCAGCAGAUGGUGACAUACGAGUAGCAAUAGUAAGGGAAAUCAUUCAGCCUGUUUUUUCAACUUAUAGAUCAGAGUUUGUUCUGAAUUCAGAAACACAGUUUCAGACAUCUCAGAUUUGGAUUAUGGAAAGGACAAAAUCAAUAAUGAAACAUUUACUUAGUCAGAAUGUAAAAUUGCUCCUAUCUAGUGUGAAACAACCAGAUUUAGUUAUUUAUUAUGCAAGACUAAGUGGCAUAUCAGUGGUGGACUGUUUAUCAUCAGAAGAAAUUUCUCUUAUCCAAAGGAUCAUUGGUCUUUCCCCAUUUGUACUUUCACAGGCCUCUUUACAGUGUGAAAUUUCUGACACUGCUUCAGUAAAAUUUUGUAAACCUUUUAUCCUUAGAUCCAAAACAUAUGUUCAUCUUGGUCUAAUUAGCACAUGUACAUUUAUACCACACUGUAUAAUUCUUUGUGGACCAGUGCAGGGUCUUGUUGAACAACAUGAAAAUGCUUUAUACGGAGCAUUUAAAAUGCUUCAGCAGUUAUUUAAAGACUUUGAUCUAAAUUAUAUUAAAAAAGCCAAUAACCAAAAUGACACAUUAAGUCCUCCAAUUUAUAAAAACAGUGGAAAAAAUAAUCAGUUACCCAAAAGUUAUACUCACUCUAUACAAAGGCCUUAUCAAGACACAGAUAUAAAGAACAAUGAUGAAUUGGAAGAAACUCAAUAUUUAAAAGUACAUUCAAAUUUGGUAGUUUCAAAUGUUGAAUUAGAAACAUAUAUUCCAUGUUCACCACCAAAAAUGAUACCAACAGAUGCAGUCCAAACAGAUGAAACAUGGAGGUGUUUGCCUCUUGAAAAUAACAGGGUAAUUGAUGACUAUGAACUAUUAAUUGAGAGUAAUUCCGCUAGUAAUUCUAUCACAGAAAACACUAGAAUAGAAAUUUCUUAUGAAAAUUUCCAGGUCAUAGAUAUUGCUGAAAAGAGGAGCAUGUUACCAGUGAAAUAUAAAUCAGUAGAUACGUAUAAAUCACAGAGUUUCUGUUCAUCAUCUAUACCAGCAGGUUGUGUUUUGCCUGUGGGUGGGAGUUUUGAGAUCUUACUACAUUAUUACCUUCUCAACUAUGCCAAAAAAUGUCAACAAUUAGAUGAAAUCAUCGUUAGUAAGUUAAUAGCCAAUGCACUUUUAGGGAUCCCCAAAAUCCUUUAUAAACCUAAGAAAGGAAAUCACAGCUUUCCACAAAUAUAUUUGAGAGCUCUCCACACACUGCAAACUAAUCAACCCAUGGUAAGCAGUUGGGCAGGUUUGGAAUCAGUAAUUGGUAAAUACUAUUUACUAACUUCAGUUCUUCAGUGUUUAACAAAAAUAUUAACCAUUGACUUAGUGAUCAAUAUUAAGAGACAGCCUCAAAAAAAUUCUGAUCAAGAUUCAGAAGAUGAACUUCAACAUUAGAAGUUUUUUGUUAACCAAUCUUAAUCUAACUAGAACCAUAAAGUAAAGCAGGCAUAUGACUGUUGGUUCUGAGAUCAAUUCAGUGUGGUCAGGAAAACAGCGUGUAACUUCAAAUAUCUUCAGAAGUAUGCCAAGGCAACCAGAUCAUUCAGAUGCAAAUAUUAGGCUACUUUAUGGAGCAAAACUAAAGUGGAAGUCAAGAUCCAGUGAAAUAUGUCUCUUUCUCCGUAUGUCUCUGUGUCCCACCUCUGCGUUAGUCUGUGUUUAAAGGAGGAUGUUUUAAUAAUUUUCACAUUUUACUUUGGAUGGGGUAUUCAAAUGACAUCUUGAUUUGAUUAUCAACAGUUAAAUAUAUAAACAUUAUUUGCUUCAUUUAAAAUAUUUCCCUACUUCUAUAACUUGUAGAGCAGUAAAAAGUCUCAAUUUUUCUUUUAAAAAGCAUAUAAAUUAAAUUAGUUCUUUCAUGUGCCACUUGUUUCAUUUCUAUUCCUUUUGGAAAAGGCUUGGAUAGAUUUUCACAACUCAUACAUCGCUGAAUAUGUGAUAUGAAAAAUAGCAUUGUGCAUUGUGAAUUCUUUUUUAUUUCUGUAAUUAAAAGUUAAUUCCAGAAAGAAUAUGAAAUUCAUUCUUUUUUCUCCAGGAGCCUAAAAAUCUUAUAAAGAUAUUUCAUGUACUUACUGGUUUUUCUUGUAUUUGGUGCAUAUUCAGAGUUCAGUAGUAACAAAUAAUUUGACAGUUAUUUCUCAUUUGAAUUUACAGAUGUUUGUAUUUUAUUUUAAAAGCUUAUAGAAGCAAACAGUGCUAUGCAUCUGGCCAUGGAUAAGAACAGUGUCCUGUAUUUGUACUAAUUCUCUGGAACAUCCAAAACAGUGCUUUAUCUAUUCCAAGUAUUCAAAAGUGCUUGUGAAAUAAAAAUGUUGUCUUUGCUCUGUUUCCCUAAAUGCAUGUUUCCAAUUUACUUAUUCAAAAAAUUCCUACCAAGUACUUAACUCUGUGCCAGAUAUUGUGGUAGAUACUGAGCAUAUGUCUUCAUGAACCUUUCCCUCAAAGAUUAGUGGAUAGAUACGUACAAUACUUGGGUUAGGAUUGAUUGAGGAAAACCAAAGAAAAAACUAUGAUUGGGUAAGGAGUGACAAAUAAUAUAUUAAAAAAUUGUAGCAUCAUGUACAGUAUCUCAUUACCUUUUAUAUUAAGCAUAGUUCUGAUUUUUAAAGGUCUGUGUUAUGGGAUGCAUUAUUUCAUUUCAGUGAAUGUGAAGAGAAUAAUACAGCUCUUAAGGAAUUCGUAGAUGAAUGAACCUAUGUUAAAAUUGCUGAGUAAUUUUUUCUAUUCAUGUUCAAUACCCUGUCAGGUCAUUUUGCUUUGUUUUGUUAUUGUUGUUAUUGUUGAAGGCAUUCAAAGACUUUUCUAAAUAUCCCCAGUGUUGUUUAUAUGGUAGGCAUUUAAUGUCAUAGUUCAGAAAACUUUUUGUAAGUUGUCUUUGUAUGAUUGGCCCCUGGUGUGGUAUGUUGCACACUAACUAUCCAAUAAACAUCUGUUAAGGACCUG